UGCUUAUGUCACUCAUUUCUUUCGUGAACAUUCUGCGGUCAGAUUACUUUCUUGUAGCCUGGCUUUCGCUCCAAACAAUUGCGAAUGCACAUGGGACACGGAUAUUAAAUAUACUGUAAUAGCAUUGUGUACACGCGCCAACACCAGUGAGACCUAAAUUGAGUAAAUGUACUUCAUAUUUGUCCAUCAGGAUAACAACUAAAGCUUGAAAAAAAAUGCAGUCAACGAUUUUGUUUCUCUUCUUUGCAAUAGCGGUAUGUAGGUGUUGUGCAACGGCUGAAAUAAUUGAAGGCAACGAUAUUUCCAUCGAGUUCGACAAACAACUCACGAUUACGUUUACAAAUGACAAGACCUCUGAUGUUAAGUUUCGACAUCAACAAAGUGUAAUUGCAUAUUGUUUUAGAAAUUUUGGCUGCGUUAUUGAAGACGAAAGAUUUAACAUUAUGCACUUCGAAUCUGCAAAAAGGAACGAAUAUAUUUUGACAUCUAAAGAUAUUAUUCACACUGAUCUUUGUGGCGUAUAUGAGUGUAAUGACAUGCUUAACAAAGAAAAGGAUUCAGCUCAUGUUUCGAUAAAAGGCUUUGACAAUGAAACAUAUAAUGCUACUGAGGAAAAAGAUACAAUUUACCUUACAACAGCGUGCAUCUUUCAUGUCUCUUUAUCAGACAUGAAGAUAGUUUGGUACACUUACGAUGAUACAACUUUAAAACUCCUCGAUGAGACAAGAAUGGGACAUUCAAUGACACCCUUCAACAGCGCGUCAGUUUGUUCCGAUGAAUGUGGUACACUUUCUGCUUAUAGAUUUACUUUUGGACUGAAUAUCACUAACCAAGAGCAGGGCUAUACUAAUGUAUUCGUAGAAACCAAAGUCUUCCAUCCCGAUUAUACGGACAAACCUCUUACCUGGAGGUCUUCAGAAAAAAUUCGUGUUAAAGAGAGCAGUCCAAAGACACCAAUAUUUGGGGUAUUAAUGACCGUCAAAGUACUGGUUGUAGUCUUUGUGACUGUAUUAAUUGGGUUCGCGAUAUAUGCUCUUAUCAGAUUCAAGAGGAAAAGAAACACCAACACCGAGACAUGUGGAAACACAACCUCUAUAGACUCGCAAACUACGCUUUUAUCAGUUGGGGGUGAAGGAAAUAAGGACCUACACCGAGACAAGAAGAACACAGAAGGGGGAGCCAUCUCUCUGAGGAGGAAAACGUUUUGAAAGAUGAUACAGAAACGUAAGUAACAAUCUCGUUCCAGGAAAAAGAAGGGACGAAAGAGACAUUCAUACUUUGACAUUUUAAUAUGAACUUACAAGUACAAGGUGUUGCUCGUCAUAUGUAAAAUAUUAGUCUAUAUGAAAGAAGUCUAUACAUAUUCUCUUUAAAUCUUAACAACAAAUUUGUUUGUAAUUAACAUUGUACAGCACCAGUUUUUAAUUUUUGUUCACAUUCAAAUUGCAGUCUAUACGAACAUGAAAUAUGUUAUUCGUAACAUUUAACUAAUAUUGUAAAUAUUUCUUACAGUGCUUUUGCAUAUGUAGAGUCAGAAUUGCUUGGCUUCAAGUAAAACAUGUACAUAAUAUAAAUCCUUCGGUUUUUAGGCUUAGGGCUGGUUUUGUUUCCUAAUUAUUGGGUAUUAAGUAAAUGGUAUGGUUUUCUUUAUAAUUAAAGGGAUUUGUUUCUCUUAUUUUGUAUACGGAACCCGUACUUACUCCUGUAUGUACUAUUAUUCUGUUAAAUCGAAUAAUUUGCGAUGUGUUAAAUUGUAGUACAUUUUAAUAAAAGGGUGACUAAACGAGUUGAAUACACUGUUGCUCAUUUCAAAAAAUGGAAGUACUUUUGGGGAAGAGAAGAGAAAAAGCACUUGUUGGGACAAAAUUUAUACUCAGUAAUGCAUGCUCGUAUUCGGAACAAGUGUAGUGAGCUUUGUAUUUAGUAACCCUUUACUUAAGGACAGAAGUUUAUGAAUUUGUAAUUGAUAAACUGAGCGAUUAUCCAUUUCUAUAAACCAUUUACAGAAUAACCAAACAGUUCAUCAUAGUAAAGCCAAAAUGUUUGCAGGUUAUUACAAUCAUUUUCGACUGUGGAUCAUCUUUAGGGCAGCCUGUCAGAUACAGUCUAUCCUUUUCUCUUUCCUUUUCGUCUUAUUUAUUUUCCUCGAAUGUUUUCAUGUAUUCAUUUUGUUUUGUUUUUUAAUGUGUACUACGCCAUGUAUUGACUAAUCACAUGUGCUAAUGACGAAGUCAUUAUAAAUGUUGUACAGAACUUUUGUCUAACCCGGCUCUUUUGCGUACUUUAUUUUAUUUUUGUAUACAUUAAAAUAAAAAGGUAGUAAUCCAA